AAAGGGUGCAGAGGGAGAGACAAAAAAGCAUACUCCAACCGCUCCUCCUCUCUCUGCAUCUUUGGGACCUCCCUUUCCCCCUCCUAAAGGCACAUCCUUUACUUGUUACUUGCACGUGAAAAGGAUGCACUCUCUCUUCUUUGUUUUUUAUCAGUAAAAUCCAUGGGUCUGUUUCUCAAUCUAUAAAUAUUUCUCUCUACCUUACAAAGCUACAAUGCUGAUGGCGUUCAUUGCAAUGCACACUACCAGUGCUGCAAGCAACUUUCCAUGUAGUUUCAAAUACUGAAGGAAAAACGAAAAACUGCGUGGUCUUCUUAAGCGGUCUCUCUCUCCCUCUCUCGCGCUGUAGUUCGUUUAGUCUGGCUUGUUGGUCACUUGGUACCGGUCUCCUUAAGUUGUCUCUCUCUCUCUUCUCUCUCGCUGUAGUUCGUCUAGUCUGGCUUGUUGGUCAUUUGGUCUAUCGUCCUCUACCUUUCUGCCGCUUUUGAGACGGGUGGUCGUUCUUAAGGCUCAUUUUUUGGCCUUCAUUGAGACGGGUGAGCGUUCUUGAAAGGAUAGAUGUGUUUCGCUUCGUUUUCUGGAAAGUAGUGGAAAUGCAAAUGAACCGUUUCCAUUUUCCAAGUUGGUUUCUGGGUUCCUUUUACUUCUUGAAAUCUUGAAACUGAUUUUCUUGGACUGAUUCUACCACAUAUUGGGCAUCUGAUAUUGUCGAUAUUGUGCUGGAGCAAGAAAGAAAUCCAGUUAUUUUGCCUACGGUGGAGCUUUGUUUCCACUUGAAUACUUGACUUGCGCUUUGUGUUGCCUUUUUCAAGAACUCAUGCCUCUAGGCCAGAUGAAUGAUAGUGCAGGGUAUCAUAUAGUAACAAGUAACAAUGUUCAGAACCCAUCGAUACCAUCCCAAUCCAAGGAGGUUCCUCUUCAGAAGCCCCUUCAGAAUGGCAGAGGCAAGAGAAGGCACAGAGGCAGAAGAAAGUCGGUGCGAAGUAAUAUUUAUCCACGCUCUGACGCCAGAAUUUGCUCUACUGAGGCGCCAGAAAUUCGUUCCACUGGAUUUCCGGUACCGGAUGUUCCCACCAGCAACGAAAGUUGUGUAGUGAGCAUGGAGGUUGGGCCUUCUGCUUCUGGCAAAGCUCUCAGAUUCCCUGCUAGGCCUGGUUAUGGACAGGCUGGGGUGAAGUGCUUGGUGAAGGCCAACCAUUUCUUUGCUGAGCUUCUUGAGAAAGACUUGAACCACUAUGACGUGACUGUAACUCCAGUGGUUGCUUCAAAAAGUGUGAAUAAGGCUAUUAUGGCGGAGCUAGUGAAGCUAUACAGGGAAUCGGAUUUGGGUAUGAGGUUGCCUGCCUACGAUGGAAGAAAGAGCUUAUACACUGCUGGAGUAUUUCCUUUCACUUCAAAAGAAUUCAUUGUUAAACUUGUGGCUGAAGAAGACGGAAUUCAUGGUCCCAAAAGGGAAAGGGAAUUCAAGGUCACAUUAAAGUUCAUUGCCAGAGCCAACUUGCACCAUUUGACUGAAUUUCUUGCUGGUAGAAGAUCAGAAGCUCCCCAAGAAGCUCUUCAAGUCCUUGACAUUGUCCUUAGAGAACUAUCAGCCCAAAGGUACCGUGCUGUCGGAAGAUCAUUUUAUUCCCCUGAUAUUGGGAGGCCACAGCGACUUGGUGAAGGUUUGGAGUCAUGGUGUGGCUUUUAUCAAAGUAUAAGGCCUACACAAAUGGGUCUCUCUCUAAAUAUUGACAUGUCCUCAACAGCAUUUAUUGAACCACUUCCAGUAAUUGAGUUUGUAGCUCAAAUUCUGAACAAGGAGGUGUUGUCAAGACCAUUAUCUGAUACAGACCGUGUAAAAGUCAAGAAGGCUCUUAGAGGCGUAAAAGUUGAAGUCACACAUCGGGGAAAUGUGAGAAGGAAAUACCGGAUUUCAGGGUUGACAUCACAACCAACAAGGGAACUCAUGUUUCCAGUCGAUGAUAAAUGCACCAUGAAAUCUGUUGUCGAGUACUUUCUGGAGAUGUAUGGCUUCAUCAUCCAACACUCUCACCUUCCAUGCCUUGAAGUGGGGAACCAGAAGAAGGCCAAUUAUUUACCAAUGGAGGCUUGUAAAAUUGUGGAGGGCCAAAGGUAUACCAAACGAUUGAAUGGGAAGCAAAUUACAGCUCUUCUCAAGGUGACAUGUGAGAGACCAAAGGACAGGGAAAUGAAUAUUUUGCAGACUGUCUAUCGCAAUGCAUAUGACCAAGAUCCAUAUGCACAGGAAUUUGGUAUUAAAAUAAGUGAAAAGCUUGCAUCUGUUGAGGCUCGGAUUCUGCCUGCACCAUGGCUGAAGUAUCAUGAGACUGGAAAGGAAAAAGACUGCUUGCCUCAUAUUGGCCAGUGGAAUAUGAUGAAUAAGAAAAUGAUCAAUGGUAGUAAAGUUAGUCAUUGGGCAUGUAUAAACUUCUCACGAGGUGUUCAACAGAGUGUAGCAUCCACCUUUUGCAAUGAGCUGGCACAGAUGUGUCAAGUAUCUGGCAUGGAGUUCAAUCCAGAAUCUGUAAUACCAAUAUAUACAGCCAGACCUGAACAGGUAGAGAAAGCUCUUAAGCAUGUAUAUAAUGCAUCGAUGUGCAAACUCAAGGGCAAAGAAUUGGAACUCCUUGUGGCAAUUUUACCCAACAACAAUGGUUCUUUGUAUGGGGAUCUCAAGAGGAUAUGUGAAACUGAUCUAGGCUUAAUAUCUCAAUGCUGUCUCACAAAGCAUGUAUUCAAGAUAAGCAAGCAGUAUCUGGCCAAUGUCUCACUGAAAAUUAAUGUAAAAAUGGGAGGAAGAAACACAGUCCUUUUGGAUGCCAUUAGUUGGAGAAUACCUUUGGUUAGUGAUAUACCCACUAUAAUAUUUGGAGCAGAUGUGACUCACCCAGAGACAGGGGAAGAUUCUAGUCCAUCAAUUGCAGCUGUUGUAGCCUCCCAAGAUUGGCCAGAAGUUACACAGUAUGCUGGACUGGUUUGUGCCCAAGCUCAUAGGCAGGAGCUUAUACAGGAUUUGUACAAGACAUGGCAUGAUCCAGUUCGUGGCACUGUUAAUGGUGGCAUGAUCCGGGACCUCUUGAUUUCAUUUAGAAAAGCGACAGGCCAGAAGCCUCUGAGAAUAAUAUUCUAUAGGGAUGGUGUUAGUGAGGGCCAGUUCUAUCAGGUGCUGUUGUAUGAGUUAGAUGCAAUUCGGAAGGCCUGUGCAUCCUUGGAACCGAAUUAUCAACCACCAGUGACCUUUGUUGUCAUUCAAAAGCGGCAUCAUACAAGAUUGUUUGCCAGUAACCAUAAAGACAGGGGAAGCAUGGAAAAGAGUGGCAACAUUCUUCCUGGCACUGUCGUGGAUUCAAAAAUUUGCCAUCCUUCUGAGUUCGAUUUCUACCUGUGCAGUCAUGCUGGGAUACAGGGCACCAGCCGGCCUGCUCAUUACCAUGUUCUGUGGGAUGAGAAUAAUUUUACAGCUGAUGGAUUGCAGUCCUUGACCAACAACCUGUGUUACACAUAUGCAAGAUGUACCCGCUCUGUCUCUGUUGUUCCACCUGCUUACUAUGCACACCUUGCUGCAUUCCGGGCAAGAUUCUAUAUGGAGCCUGAUGUGCCAGAGAAUGGUUCUCCUCCAGGUGAUUGUGGCUUGGUGUCUACUCAAAAUGGUUGCUCAUCGGGUGUGCGGCCUUUGCCUGCUUUAAAAGAGAAUGUGAAGAAAGUUAUGUUCUACUGCUGAAAAACUAAAGAAGGAUUAUCUCUUCUCCGUUAGUUCUUCAUUGUAUAUAUGUACUAGUGAUUAAUGUUUCUUUUUCCAUUA